CCUCUCUCUCCCAGCAUCCCUCUCUCUCCCAGCAUCCCUCUCUCUCCCAGCAUCCCUCUCUCUCCCAGCAUCCUCUUCUACGGGGUCCCGUCGAUCAGCAGGUUCUCAACAAUGGAUGUCUACCUGCAGCAGGUGGAUAGGCCUCUGGGCUUAGCACCUCGGUCGGAAAUGUUUGACUCUAUCCCUCCAGCCCAGGUGGUGGGUGAGAAUGUCGCAGGGGUGUGUCUGAUGCAGCAGUCUCAUGAAAUCAAUGGCCAUCGAGUUGCCAGUAACGGAGGAGUGGAGAAAUACAAACCUCAACAGAGAGGGAGUUCAAUGAAACGCACUCUUUCUCAGGACACAGUCAACAAAGGAUUGCAGAAUGGCCAGGGUAGUAGCAGCUGGUCCAACUCUGCCAUCUGUAUCGAUUCCUCCCCAGAGUCUCUCACUACAGACCUGGAGGAUGGUCAGAGGGCUUCAGAGGUUCUCUUUCUCAUCUCUAGAACAGAGCCAGUCCUGAUGCAGGACAGCAUGAGUCCCAGGGACCUGUGUUCUCUGAAUAGGGACUAUAUCAGUCCUCUGGAGGACCCGGUCUCUCCCUCUGUCUCACUGGACGACGUAGAGGAUGGGCUCAUUCUGCCUCAGCCCUCCUGCUCACCCUGUGCAUACAAUUAUUCACCAGAUGACACGGCUGAUACCUGCUGGGAUGAGCUGGGGAGAGGAGGACCUGGGCUGUCUGCAGUACAGGGAACAAGGUCUAAUGGUGAGAAUACACCAAGGUUAGAUUACAGCAAGGACUUCCAGCAGCCAGGACAUAAACCCAAGGCAGCUUCGGAGCCUAUUGUUGAUUUGACAGAAGACGAGAGCACUGUGCCAGAGGUUUCAGAAAAGAAACCCAAGCAGACAGCUGCUACUCACUUGAAUGGUAAUGUCAAGGUAGAGCAGAGGACUUCUGAGAGGAAACAACUCCCCCUCGCUCUGGCAGGGGAACCAGGCUAGAGGCCAUAGUGAUGAAUAUAAAUCCUAACUGGUAUAAAGUAUCUACUAAAAAGCCCAAGUCUCAGACAAAUCCCCUCACCCAGAGCAGUCCAUCUAAAGCCAGUGUUAGUCCUAACGAACAGACCUCGUUUGUAGUGAAGAAGAAGGUCCAGAAUAAAGCAGAGUCUCGCUGUGAGGGAGAGACUAAAGUACAGGCGGCAGCCUCACUGACCGGUCAUAUGGAUAACAUUUACACAAACGCAGGCCGUUGCAUAGAGUCUACCUCAGAUUCGGAACAUGCCCGUUUUUCGAAAUACCCACACAACCACCGCACAUCUCCGAUAACCUCCAGUCUGCCCUUUGCUCCAGACAAAGAUUUAGAGGAGUCGGUACACAGAGAGUCAGGUCCCGAGCCCCCCUCUGAGGUGGAUUUACUGACUGUAUCGUCGUCACUUAAAACAUCUCCAAAGAAACCCGGGAAGCAUAAAGCUGAAACUACAAGCAGCGAAGCAGCUGCUCCCACAGCCAAAACAAGGAAGGCGACCCCUGCUCCCAAGAAGAAAAGGAAGAAACCCAGACUGGAUCAGUCCUCAAUAUUCUCCCCUCGGGAGCCUGAGAUCAAACUGAAAUACAUCAACUACAAGGAGGAGAAGAGGGACAUGAGGGUGGACACGUUCUCUCCUUUCAUCCACAUAGAGCAUAAGCCCUCCUCCACCUCCCCCGCCAACUGUACUGUCAUCAACUACCCAGAGGAGGAGAAGCCCAGGCAGAAUGGCCAGGGGCAACAGCAGGCUGGAAGUUCAGGAUCCAGGGGUUUCAUCCCAGGGGCUGUACCCUCCACUUCCUGCCUCCAGCUGGGCCGCACCUCCACCCACAGCCAGCACCACAGCUCCCUGGUUUGCUGCCUGUGUGGAGGCUCGGCUAACGCCAUGGACCUUGGGGACCUCCACGGGCCAUACUACCCUGAGGGAUACAGACCCAGCACUGAAGCCCCAGCUAGCAAACCAGGCCUCAAAGAAGAGGAGGAUCUCAGUGACUCUGACUCAUCCUGCAGCGUGAGAGGCCGUGGUAGAAAGUGUGCUCGGCCCCCGGGGGUCCCCUGGCCCCACAAACCUGACCCCCGGCUGAAACGGGAGGGCCUGCCGGGGAGGUGGACGAGUGACAGCGACCGCUCAGGCAGCCCUGGAGCUAAGAGGGGCAGGAUUGAGGCUGGGCCUUCGGUAACAUCUGGGUCCAGGGCUGCAGUGGAUGACUGGUUCGUUCCCCCGGUGGUGCCUCUGGACCAGUGUGAGUACUGGCUCCACGAGGACUGCAGCGUCUGGUCUGCAGGCGUGUUCCUGGUGAAGGGAAGGGUCUACGGCCUGGAAGAGGCAGUCAAGGUGGCUCAGGAGACGGUAAGUACGUGUUCUCGCUGCCAUAACCCAGGUGCCACGUUGGGCUGCUUCAACAAAGGAUGUCCCAACAAGUAUCACUACAGGUGUUCUCUACAGUCAGACUGUGUCCUCAAUGAAGAGAACUUCUCCAUGAAAUGCACCAAGCACAAGAACAAGUUGUUCCAAGGCCUUCCUGGGAGCAGAAGAGACAACCGGUGACACAACCAGAAGACAGACUUGAUUACACAUGGCGUCGUUCAUCUGUGGAGUUACGAGGGGGAACCCGGUAACUGUGGCAACGCUGCAACUGUCCUCUGGAUUGACAGCUGGGCUGGUGGGCGGAAUGCAAACACCCACAAACCUUAAACUGGCUUUCUGCACCUCUGCUACCUUUCCUGUUAUCUUCACCACAUAAAGCACUGCGAAGACUAAGCAGGAGACCAAGGCUGUCCUAAUGUUCUGCCAUCUCUCCUGGUUCUGGACUGACUGCCAACGGUGGGUAGAACAGAAGAGUUGGGAGCAGGGCCCAAUGCCACCAUUUGAUUGAGCUUAUGGCUAAACGUGUGCUGUCGCUUUAAUUAUUUAUUAGGAAAAAGGAUUCUCUCCCCUUUUUUCUUUUAAAUUGAAAUGUUGAUAAAAAUAAUUGGAGAUAUUUAAUUUUAUAAAGCUUUUUAAAGUAUGUAAUUUAUAUUUGGCUUAUUUAUUUUUGGGGUAUCUUGUGGCUUUAGUUUUUUACUUUGCAAUUGACCCCGGAGGUGUGUUUGUAUGCAUCGAAGUUAUGAGUAAGAACCUCAACGCUAAAGACUGCACUUGGUAGAGGAUCUGGUGUUUGUAUAGCGGUGGUGUGGAGACUGGUGCAGAAUGGUCUAGUAUUCAGAUCGACCACAAGUUUAUCGACAGAACCAUAUCUGAUUACAAUACAGGUACCUGAGAUCUAUUCAUAAAGACCAUACUUUACUACAUGGGAUGAAAAAUAAUGGCAUAUUCAUCUGAUUUUAGUUCUGAGGGUGUGAUGAGCCAUUUCAACGGAUUUUACUUGCUCUUUUUUUCUUCUCUCAUUUGAUGGUGAUAUAAAUA